AUGCCUCCCAAAGUCGCCAAAAGCGAGUAUAUCGAGACCGACACGGGCAACAAGAUCUCGCGCCGCUCGCAAAUCCACGGCACACAGCACAUCAUCCUCGGCGGAAAGACCGUCAUCCAGGCCGAAGCAGUCAUCCGCGGUGACCUCUAUCGUCUCCCUUCCACAGCCGUAUCCACAGACCCAAACAACCCGCCCCCGCAACCCAAUACCCCCAGCGUUGCGAUUACCGUUGGUCGGUACAGCUAUAUCUCCAAGAGCGUGAUUUUGCGCCCUCCGAGCAGGUUACACCGUGGCGUGCACUCGUUCUACCCCUUGAAAAUUGGAGAUCAUGUCUUUGUGGGCGAGUCCGCUGUUGUGGAGGCCGCGUCGCUGGGAAAUCAUGUCCAUGUUGGCGCGGGUGCGACAAUCGGGAGUAUGGCCAUCGUGAAGGAUUUUGCGGUCGUUUUGGAGGGUGCGGUUGUUCCGCCUGGCAUGGUCGUGCCUAGCUGGUGUGUUGUUGGAGGACGACCGGCGCGCAUUGUUGGUGAGGUUGGUGAAGGCUAUGGAGUUGAAGGGGCCGAGGGUGGUUUGGCGAGAGAAAGGUAUCGGCUUGUUGGACGCCCGUGA